AUGAUCGCCGAUCAACUGGAAUCGAUCGCCGCGCGAAAUGUAACAAGAAUGAUUUCAGCGAACAAAUUGGCGACGCCGACACCCUCUACCACCACCACCACCACCACCAAAUCACCUGCGCUCUCCACGCGCGUCUGGAAGUCGGCGCAUUUCGACGGCACGGCGGCGAUCAGCCAUCCGGCGCCCGGCAACCUUCGAUCGUAUUUGGAGUUGUCGAUGCAGUUUCGCGCCGAAUCGCCGACGGGCACCCUAUUCUAUUGGCACGCGAGCGCGCGCAAAUAUCUCGCCGUCGUCAUCGAGUCGUCGUUCGUCAAAGUCUACGCGAGCCUCGGCGCCGACACCACCGUUUUGCGAUCGGAGAACGCCGUCAGCCUGUUCCAUUGGCAUAAGCUCGAGGUUUGGCGAAGCGGCAAAGGUGUUCUGCUCAAGAUCAAUCGUCAGAAUUGGGUCGAGUCGGAAGUGCGCGGCCAACGAAGCGACGACGUCGAGAUCGGCGGAACGCUGAGCAUCGGCGGAUUCGGCGGCGAGUAUCCGCAGAUCAUCGGCGCGAGCUCCGGAUUCGUUGGAUGCAUGAGACGGAUUCGCCUCAAUAGUCGCCCACUGAUUCUGACGUCCGAUGUCAACGACACCAGCGUCACCGAGUGCACCAUCAGCGAUCCGUGCCAUCCGUUGGGAUGCCCUCGGAGUUGUGUGAGUCCGACAGCGCAUUCGCCGGCGGCAUGCGCUUGCGAGUGGCCCUCGUAUGGAGCCAAGUGCGCGUUGACAUCGAGCCACGAAAUAUCGGCGAUGAAGUUUAAAGGCGCAUCGCAUCUCGAGCUCAAUGAUGAGGCUAUUAUGAGCCACGUCACCGGCGAAUCAUUGGACCUUGCCGUCAAUUUCAAGCUCGCCAAUUCGACACCACCAGCGUUUCGGCAGAUCCUCGUCGCCGCCGGCGACGCCAAUCACGAGGACGACUUUUUCGAGCUCGCCGUCACGCCGAGCCGAUUCGCGCGCUUCUCGAUGAACCUCGGCAGCGGCACCGUCGUGCUCACUCAUCCCAAGCUCAUCGAGCCGGAACGCUGGACGACGAUCGAGGUGAUACGCAAGAAUCGCGCGGUGACGUUGUCGGUGAACGGCGAGGAUCCGAUCGCGUCGCUGGCGCCCGAAGGCGCCCAACAGCUCAACGUCUAUCGCAACGUGAUGGUUGGCAACGCGCCGGCCGCCGAUGCCAACACCGAUCGGCAGGGAUUCCGUGGCUGCGUGAUUUCGAUGCGCUUCGACGACGUCAUCAUCACUCAUCCGAAACAGGCGAAAGCCGCGAUUAACAUCGAGGAUUGCAUGAUCUAA